AUGUCGUCGCUGCCAUCCAGAAAGGCCGAUUGUGAGAAAGCCGGGACGCAGAAAACCAGCAUCGGUCGCAGCCGGUACGACAAGUAUGUGCUACCAUGCGUGGCUGAGUUUUUCGGAACGGCCCUCUUCAUAUUCACCGGCUGCGCCUCAGUCAUAGAGAAUUCCGCGGAAACGGGCAGGCUUCAGCCAGCCCUGGCGCAUGGAGUCGCGCUCGCCAUUUCCGUGGCCAUCACAGCUGGCGUAAGCGGUGGCCACAUGAACCCUGCAGUAUCGCUGGGAGCGGCCAUAAGUGGAGGUCUCAACAUCUUCCUGCUCCUUCCUUACUGGGCAGCUCAGUUCUGUGGUGGAUUGGUCGGGGCUGGCUUAGCAAGGGCGGUGUCAUCACAUGUUAAUUUCAUCAAUGCGUCUGGCGGGGCCUUCAACAGCAUCAAGAGCAACGACCAGGUGGGCGGGGCCCUGGUGGCCGAGAUCGUCAUGACGUUCUACCUGGUGCUGACCGUGUGCAUGAGCGCCAUUAACAAGCAGAGCAAGACGCCCUUGGCCCCCUUCUGCAUUGGGCUGACUCUCACCGUCGGCAUUCUGGGAGGUGGGGGCGUGUCAGGCGGCUGUCUGAACCCAGCCAGAGCCUUCGGUCCGGCAGUGGUGGCAGGCUACUGGCCCUACCAUUGGGUGUACUGGGUUGGUCCGAUCAUUGCCGCCGUGUUGGUGGGAUUAGUGCUCAGGCUCCUCCUUGGAGACCCAGGAAUAAGACUCAUCAUGAAGAAUCAGGAAACAUCAGUGGACGACAUCGCUGAGGGUUUUGUGGAGCUCACUGACACGGUCUCGGCUCUGAAGACAUCCCCCGGCUCCCGGUGA